UUCAACCUAUUUCCUUUAUUGUGUUUGUGCCACCAUGGCUUUUGAAACGCACUGUUUUUCUCUUUGUAAAGUAUUAGCACUCAGUUUUGCACUGUUCGGCCUUGUUGCUGUGGGAGAAGGUCGGUUCAAGGGCUUCAGGAAGUUUGAUGUGGUGCAGGAUUCCAGCCAUGGAGCUAUGUCUGAAGAGCUGUGGUUCAUCCAGAAACUGGAUCACUUCAAUGGUGCAGACAGCAGAGUUUGGAAGCAAAGAUACUUUGUAAAUGAGGACUUCUACAGGCCUGGAGGUCCAGUGUUUCUAAUGAUCGGUGGAGAGGGCCCUGCAAACCCAGCGUGGAUGAAGGAAGGCACCUGGCUCACCUACGCUCAGAAACUCGGAGCCCUCUGCUUUAUGCUCGAACACCGAUUCUAUGGGAAAAGUCACCCAACAACGGACCUCAGCACAGACAACUUGCGUUUCCUCAGCAGUCGCCAGGCUCUGGCUGACCUUGCACACUUCCGCACUGUGAUGGGGGAGAGCAGAGGGCUGACCAACAGGAAGUGGGUGGCUUUCGGCGGGUCGUAUCCAGGUUCUCUUGCUACUUGGUUCAGGCUCAAGUACCCUCACCUGGUGCAUGCCUCUGUGGCCACGAGUGCACCCGUGUUUGCCACUGUCAACUUUCCAGAGUACUUGGAGGUUGUGUGGCGAUCGCUGGCCUCGGAAAAUGCAGAUUGCCCUGUGCUCGUGAAAAAGGCUUCAGAUACCCUUGCAGAACGCCUGAAAGACCCGAAAACCUUUGAAAACAUCACCAAAGAUUUCAAUUUAUGUUCCACACUGCAGAUCCAGUCAGAGAUGGACUCUGCCUACUUCCUGGAAUCGGUGGCUGGCAACUUCAUGGAUGUGGUCCAGUAUAAUGAAGACAACAGAGGAUUUGAGGUAAGGGGGGGGGUUUUGGGCACCAACAUAACCAUUAAGGUGCUGUGUGACGUGAUGGGUGACGCCUCACUGGGAGAUCCUUACACCCGCUAUGUUGCUGUAGCUCGCCUCAUGAUGGACACGUACUCUGUGAAAUGCCUGGAUGUCAGCUUCAGUAACUACGUCAGAGACAUGACGAAUAUGUCCUGGGAUGGGCCGGCUGCAGGAGGAGGGAGACAGUGGGUCUAUCAGACCUGCAGUGAAUUUGGAUUCUACCAGAGCACAGAUUCACCGAACCAGCCAUUCACCGGUUUCCCUCUGGAUUAUCAGGUGAACCAGUGUGCAAGCUUCUACAACAUCAGUUCUAAGGAGGUGGCAGAGGCCGUCGCCCAGACCAAUGAGUAUUACGGCGGCUACGACAUCCAGUCCAGCAGAAUAGUGUUCCCCAAUGGGUCCAUCGACCCAUGGCAUGCUUUGGGGAUCACUGCGGACAUCGCAGCUGAGCUCCCUGCUGUCUUCAUUAAAGGGACUGCUCACUGUGCUAACAUGUAUCCAGCAAGGAGCCAAGAUCUUCCCCAGCUAUCUGAGGCUCGGGAUCACGUCUUUCUGCUCCUCCAGCAGUGGUUGAAGUAGUGAUUGAAGGCUCCUUCGGCUUUACAAAGCAAACACAUCACUUCUGAUUUCUGAAAUUCAAACUUGAUUUCUUACUGUACUGCCAAAUUUUCAGCUCCUUGAAGUCUUGUAAUGCAACUUUGCACGAGUUUGAUUUGGAAAAGUUCUUGUUUUUAAUGUGUUAAAAUUUUUAAUCAUUUUUUAAAUUAUUGAUAUUAAAUUUGAAUUAUUUUUA